AGGUGGCGCUGGUUCCGCUAUCGUAUCAGGGUUAUGGUAUCGUGCAACUCGACGUCCUGGACAACAAGAGCAGCGAGUAAAUUCGCUGACGAGUAA